UGAAAAUGAUUGCACGCUAUAUAUAAUCUUUAUCCUUUUCGAGCACUUCAACGUGUAUUAGGUGACCACAAGGGUCACCAGCUUCGCCUCUGCAUGGACAUCUGCUAUAUAGAGUUGGUCCCCAUUAACUCCUCAAUGCGAUUCCCCGGUACUUUCUGCAGACAUUCCAGGACCCAUCUGUAACUCGCCAUGUCCACAGACUGGCGAAUGCAGAAGUCUGCGAGCGCUGCCUCCGCGCAUUUAGCCGUGGCAUCAUUCACCCUAGUUGUUCUCAUAUUCUAUGGAUGCAUCGUGACUCCCAAUCCUACCGAUGUACAAUGGCUUUUUAUUACAAAUUUCGUCCUUGCAUUCCUAAUCAUGGAACUCUGCCAAUGUGUAGUAACAUUGCGGAUAUGGCAUCUAUUUCACCGAAGUCGCUUCAUUAGAGGGCUGGCGGUUACUGUUCUGAUCGCUUCUGCGACAGGAGUUGUAAUCGCUGGCGUCGCUGCGUUUAAGCAUAUUCAGGCGGCCGUGUACGGACUAUACAACCCGUUGAACUUAGAGGAGAACCCUGCAACAUUAUUUGUGAUAUACCUGCCAGCCUUGGUUGUCCAUACGACCAUGAUAUCAUUGACGAUAUAUCGUUUCGGCAUUACCCCAACAGCCUUGCCGAGACGCGGGAUUGUCCACCGAUUCUUAAAAGAAGGAAUGUUUAUGUAUGUAUUCGCAGCCGGUGAAUAUAUCUCGAUUCUUCUCGUUUUGCACACGCUGAGACAAAUUACAGGAACGCUACUGAUAGCAGUAGCAGCCACAGUCAUCUCCGUCUGUCGCGCGAUGCUAAGCAUCCGGUCAUUGGCUGCAACUUGCCACGUCGAUCCAGCAUGGUUACUCAAUCAUGCUGAACUCAGUCGCGUCCACUGGAGGAGAGGGACCAGUGAAGGAGAAAUUGUCGUUGAAGUCAACGAGAUGGAUGUGGUUCUUCCCUGCAGAUCGCUACCGUCAACUUCUGUGGAAAUGGAGUAUCCAGGAAAGGUUUAAAGACAAUUCUAGAUGUCUUAACAACCACGACUUUGCUCCAUAUGUAACUCAACUAAUGGGCACAUCAAUUUUGCCUUGCGAAGUCUCAUCUACUGAGUAGGUGGGCAGUAGUGCUGUAUGGGAUAGUGUAUAAUACAGUUCUAUACGAAACAAAGUUGUAGUUGUCCAUGCAGGUGCUGUCAAGUAUGAAUGAAAAUGCGUCUCGAAAUUCCCAUU